CAGUGGUGCAACGUUUCAAAUAAAAUGGAUAUCGAAAAACUUAUUGAAAUUGUAAAAAAACAUGAUAUAUUGUUCGACAUGUCCCACCCAGAUUAUAAGAACGUGCGUAUUAAAAAUAAAAUUUGGGAUCAGAUUGGAAAUGAAUUAAAUAUAAAAGGUGAAGAUCUGAAGAAACUCUGGAAGAAUUUGAGAGACUGCUAUGCAAAAUACCUUCGUUCUGAAAAGACUAGAACUGGCCAGCAGGCGAAGACUACUACCCGCUACAAAUCCUGGCCUUGGGCGCAACAUGUGGAAGCUUUCCGACCCUUCCUGCAGUUUGCUCAAACAGAGUCCAAUGUCUCAGAUCCUGGGCUUUCAGAAUCACUGGAACUACUUAAUGAAGAAGUCACUACGCAGAACGAGGCUUCUCUAACGGAAGAAAACUUAUCGAUUGAGAUGAUCCAUCAGCAAGACAAAAAAAUAGAAAAGUUACGUACCAAAAGAAAACUUUCACAAGACAUUCAAUACUCUUCAGUUGAUAAAGUUAUAUCGUUUUUAAAUAAACCGCACAGUAAUUGUGAGGAAAGUGAUGACGAAAUAGAUCUAGUAUUUCGGGGUUACACAGCGAGCGUUAAAAAAUUAUCACCAAAAUGUCAGACGCUCAUCAAAUAUCAGAUAGCUAAAUUAAUAAUGGAAGAGGAGUUAUCUCAGCAAGCAGAAAUGCGACCAGGAACAAGUAAUUCCUUCAGCUCAUCUCCUUUAUCCUCCAAUUUACCUCUUCAUUCACCAAACGAUGAACAACAUGUUUACAAUGAAAGACAAGAUGAUCUAGUAACAGCCAUUCUUCUGCACAAUGGUAUGAGAAUUUUGCUCGCAGAAUUACAAAAAUAUAAAUAUCUUUAUUUUUGUAUAAGUUUUCUUGUAAAAAUUAUUUUCUCUCCUUCUAGAUUUAAUAUAUUCGAAUAAUUUGUUUAACGUAUUUUGUAUGAAUUUUUAUACACUUCAAAACCUUGUUAACAAUGUAUAACAAAGUUGUUUUAUCUACUCUAUGUCAUAUUAUGUAUAAGUUUUAAGUUUGUGAAAACUGUCAUUAUCGAUAGCAGUGGGUUAAGGGUUUAAAAUGUGCGUGAAGUAACAAUGUAUUAUUAUGACAGUUCCGUAGAUUGGUCCUACAUAGAAAGAGUCCCUCGACGUGAAAGAAGAAGUAGUCACGUACGAGAAUAUUCUGGAUGUCAUGGAAUAACCCAGAAAUGUCUGGUGACAUCUAGAACGUCAGAAAACUAUAUAAACAUUAUGUGUUUGGCAUUCUAUAGUUCAGUUGUAUUUGAGAUUUUGAUUAUAAAAAGUUGUCAGUUUGUUCAAGUUGUUAACGUAUUGUAAUAUUGUA